CGCCACCAACACAGGUGGGCUCGGUUCACCUUGGUUGUGCUUGAGACAUGGCGGGGCAGGGCGAUCCGGUGCAGAGAGAGAUUCACCAGGACUGGGCGAACAGGGAAUAUAUCGAGGUCAUCACCAGCAGUAUCAAGAAGAUAGCUGAUUUCCUCAAUUCAUUUGAUAUGUCCUGUCGUUCACGGUUAGCCACACUGAAUGAAAAGCUGACAGCACUAGAACGAAGGAUUGAAUACAUUGAAGCAAGGGUGACGAAGGGCGAGACUUUGACCUAAAACCAUUGGCAUUUCAGCGGCCGCUUGGAGUAAUCAUGAACUUAAUGGAAUCAUGUCAGGGAAGAACAGAUACCGUGACUUGCCUAGCCAUCAAACUUUUGUUCCUUUUCUAACUUAACUCUGAUCAUUAAAGGCUUUUUAACGAGAGAGCUCAAAAUAAUUCGGACUGCGAGUUCCAUUUGGCAGUGACUCCCACAUUUGUAAAGAGGGGAUACUGAAUAAAACAGAAAAUGGGUUGGGGGGUUGGGUGUGAAAUGGGUGGAGGAUUUGUGCCAAGUGUUUGUGGUGGAGUGGAUUUUUUAUCUCCUUGAUUUCGAGAAUUGUGUUCUAACUCUUAAGUGUAUUGUGAGUGACGUUUUCUUUCCAUUUUAUUCUUGAUAAAAUGUCUAACCAUUUGUAAUCUCCAGCCUGUCAGCUGACAAGCCAGCUUCUGAAUGACUGUUGUUGCAUAUGUAACAAAUUUUUGGAGGGGGAAGGGGUAGACGACAAAUAAAUUAUCAUUUUAUUGUUUACUUUCAUUGCUCCAGUGUGUUUCACUAUAUAUUGAAAAUAAAAAAUGUGGUUUAAAACA